AUGACCCCAGAGAAAGCCGCCAUUCUGCUCACCGUUGCCUUCCAUGGAGGUACCAGGAUGGGCCUCAUGCAGCAAGCAGAAUCAUCCCCAGUGGACACCUGCACAGAACGUGUCAUUCAAGACCAUGGCCUGCAACCUCAAUGUGAUUUUCGUCCAUGCAACCUGUUCUCCGGUAGGUUUCGUUUUCACCACCACAACACUGAAAGAGUGCCCUCUGGCAUCAGCUUAUUGCUCGAUGUAGGGGACCAUAGGCUCCAAGCACCGGCACAAUCCAGCACCGAUGAUCCCAUGCUUGUCGAGCCAAACGACACCACCGUGGCAGAAGAAGCAGACAUCAUGGAUGAUACAACUGCAUUGAUGCAACGGCCCAGGUACAAAGCGUUUCCCAGACCAACAACAGGUACCGGUCAAGGCAUCCCACCUGCGCCUACCAGUUCCUCAUGGUUCACUAUCUCCCAGCCGCUUGCACCUACAGGUACUAGCCAACACCAGCCGGUCCAAUGGACCACCAUCCAGGUCAGAAACCUUGCAGAUUUCCACACAAUGCUGCAGUGGUUGUCGAACCGUGCACAACACGACCGAUGCCAACCAGAUGCUGGUCAAGCCAAAAUUGCCACUUGGUACCUUGAGCCGCAAGUGAUGCCUCGUAGUGACCAUUACCGUGACGUCCUGUUGUCUGCCAACCCGACCCUGUGGCCGAGUGAGGUACUGCAGCGUUGGGCCGACAUUUUGCAACCAUCCCAACCAGUUGACCUCUAUGUAGUGCAGCCCGAUCCACCAGGAGGAAUGCCUGAUGUUUUUGCCCAUGUCAUCGUCACCCAAAAGGCACCGCCUGAUCAGGCAGCAGCACUGGUCUCUGUUACUGAACUGCUUGAGGACCCGUGGCACCCAUCGAGAUUUGCCCUCUUCUUGCAUAGCCCAGUAACCAGCGAUGCACUAUUUGAACAUGCAGGCAUUCCGCAAGACCAAGUAGCUGCCACACCUGGGCUCAGUGCAUACCACGGCACAACACACAUACCGCAUGGCAGCUCCUACCCAGUGCGCUCAGGCUUUGCUUUCGAGGUUGUCACUGACUCACUUGAUUUUGAGGAAGAAGGGAGUGCUCUCCUGCAAUUCUCCCCUGCCUGGCCAGGAAAGGAACACCAAACCUCCGACAUGCCCAAUGCAGCUACUGCUAGCAGCAGCCAUGCUGCUUGCUGUGAGCAACUCCUUGAGUCCAUGCGACAACUUGAAAUGGCCAUGCAGCGAAUCAACACAGCUCUUUGCUCCAGAACGGUGGUUUCACCGAAACAAAUGCAGGUAGAGCCUCACCCAGAGGUAACUCAACCCAUGCAUUUCUCCCUAUGCAAAGACCCACCAAUCGAAGAUGAUACCACUCAUUGCAACACACCAGGACUGGGACGACAGCCCGACACCUUGCACCGCUGGCAGCAAUUAACUGCCAUCAGACCCAAAGAGGCCCGUCCAAUGGCACCCAUCAUGACGUGGUACGUGGAUCAUGAGCGCUUCCCACAGUGCUUUGCCCCAAGGGAAGUGUUUGUCACUAGACAUCCACAGGCAUGGAAGCGACUCAUCCUCCAAGCAUGGAAUGACAUUUAUUUGCCUGCAAAUCAGGUUGAAAUAGUCAUCGUCCAGCCAAAUCCCAUCAUGAUGGAAGAGCACUUAGUAGCUCAUGUGAUUGUGCUACAACAGCAAAUGCCAGGAUUCACCACUGCGUUGCUCACCACACUGGAUAGUGCGACACCUGGUGUACACAGGCGACAUGCCACCAUUGCCCCGACUGAACUCAGCAGAGCCACGCUGCUUGCACUUGCUUUCCAUCCUCAGGAAUGUGAGCACGAAUCCAACACCUGCGAUACCUGGGUUGGGGAAGAGGCUCUGGACGAACAGGCACCCAUGCCACUCUCGCCAGGGUCAUCAUGCACUGCUGCAUUGCACCGACAUGUGCCACUGCCACCAGGACAGCCAGACCCAUGGAACAGCAGUGUUCCCAAGCACUGCCCACAUAGAGUGACGCUUUGCUUGCAAGCAGUCCUUCCCGCCAAAGCACAACCAGAGCAUGUCAGUCUCGAUGAUGACAAGCCACAACUGUUGUGGUUUGCUAAUGAAGCCUGGAAACUCGCCCUUGAAGCUGAAUUGCCAUUGCAACUCCUCCCACUGCCUGAUGGGCUCGUAGUUCCUGAGCAAUCCUACUGGCCGUUGCUUCAACCGCCACCAUUGUCAGAUGUAGCCGACGUGACCUACACACUUUACCUGGACGGAGCCGCCAAUGGCCAAGAAGCCGGAUGGAGGGCAACCACAGCUGACAACAUCUCUGCAGAGCUGUCGGCCAUGGUUGCUGCUCAAAACCUUGCCAUGAGAUGGUCCGGCAACAACCAAUUUUGUAUACGCCCUGACCUCUCCCUGAGCCGCACAGUAGCCACAGCCUCGACCACAUGCAAGUCCAACCAGCCCCUUGCCAGACUAUGUGGGGCUUUGGGCCUUUGGCUAGGCCCCAAAGCGACCAUCCAUGAAGUCAGAGGCCACCAAGGGCAUGCCUGGAAUGAACUAGCAGAUGCCGUUGCAAAGUGGGCAAUGCAACAGCACACUGACCCUGCGACAGGACAAUUUGCCCAACUGCACCAGCUUGCCACCAACCCACACGAUGUGGAUUGGGUUUGGAUGCAAACCACGCAUCCUGCAAUUGCCACCUGCUUCCCACCGCUCAGCCAACAACAGGUCAUGCACUUCACGCAGCCUACCACAAAGCUCGGCAUCCUGCCAACUGAGCGCCAAAUCGGCGACCAUCAUGAAGCAGGACUGAAAUGGGGCCUUAAGGUUUGUACAACCAAUGUUCUUGCAGCCGAGGUCUGGGCCACACACACAGCAGGCACCAAACGUACUGGGCAAAGGACGGUGCGUCUUGACCAGCAAUGGCACCAAGCCAACAUUCAUGUCAUCGGAGUUCAAGAGGCCAGAACGCCCCAAGGACGAUACCAUGCACCUCACUAUCAUAUCCUGGCCUCCGGUGCCAAAUGCAAGAGGGCACCACUCUAUGGGUGUGAAUUGUGGAUCCAUAAGACUUUGCCGAUAGCAACAGACCCUCAAGGGAAACCCAUUGUACUCGGUAAAGCGAUCCUCACUGUUCAGCAUGCCGAUCCACGCCGCCUACUGGUAGAAGCGAAGAUCGGCCAUUAUGUUUAUGCGUUCAUUGUCCUGCAUGCCCCAAGCCUUGCCACAGCAGCACAAGAUGUUCCUGACCCCAUUGAAGCAGCCACACAGUGGUGGGAUGAAACAGCAGCCCUUUAUGCCAAGUACGUGACUGCUGGGGCCCAAUGGUUUUUCAUCGAUGCGAAUGCUCCCCUGGAUGCUGGGGAUGGCUUGCUCAUUGGACCACACGGUGCCGAACCUGCCAAUCAUGCAAGCGCACGGUUUGAGAGCUUCAUCCAACUGCAGCACCUGAUGGUGCCUUCCACCUUUGCCUCCAUCCAUGAUGGCCCAACCACCACAUGGACGCACAGCACCGGAAAGAAGAGCCGCAAGGACUACAUCCUUCUCUCCCAGGAAGUGGCAAAAUUGGCUAGCAAAAGCUGGGUAGAAGUACACCAUGAUAGCACAUUUGCACACGAAGACCACCUGCCGGUCGUCCUGCAGUGUGCCGGAUGGCUUCCAACAUCUCAUACCCACCCGCCCAUCGGAUGGGACGACCGUGCCAUGCUGGACCCAGCCAAAGUUGAUGCAUUCCAGCAGGCGCUGCACACGCUACCAUUGCCUGCGUGGGACAUAGGGGUAGAUGACCAUGCUGCCCUGUAUGAGCAGCAGUUGCUGGCCCUUGGCCGCCAAUUCUUUGCACGCAAACCUCGCAAAGAGCGACCUAUCACCCUCAGCUCCCAGACAUUAGAAGCCAUUGCAUUCAAAAGGCACGUACUGGACUUGGGCCGACAAACCAACAGCAUGCACCAUGAGGACUUCAAGGCAGAACUGCGCAACAUCGAAAAGACGGUCGCUCGUUUAGUGCGCGAUGAUAUCCAAGGUUUCUACAAUGACUCGCUGAAGCAGAUUCAGGCAUCUGGAGAAAUCUCCAACCACCGCCUGGUCUUUCGGCUCCUCCAUAGGCUGGAGUCCCCCGUACUUGGGACGAGCUUGAACAGCAGCACGCUGCCUUGCAACAAUCCCAGCAUUGCCAUGACCUUGCGCUCAGGAACCCCUCCAUUGGAAAGGAAAGGAAUCGGUGCCGACGUGGCUCACCACAUCGUACAAUGCCACCAAUCAUGGUGCAAACAGAAAGCAGUGCCUUCAGCUGCUCUGUUCUUUGACCUCAAAUCGGCAUUUUACAUGGUAUUGAGACAGGCCUUCACUCAAAUUCCCUCCCAUGAUGACGCAUUCAUGGCAGCGAUGUAUCAUGUAGGACUGACCCCCGCCGAGGUUCACAAAUUGAUCACCAAUGCUGCAACCGAUGAUGCUGUCAAAGGACUUCCGUGCCACAUGCAACACAUCCUGCAUGACCUUUUGCACAAUACUUACUUUACAGUGCAAGGCCUCCCUGAUCCGUGCCAAACGACUCGUGGCACCCGGCCAGGGGAUCCCAUAGCCGAUGUGUUGUUCAACCUUUGUAUGCACCUCAUCCUGACCGACUUUCGUGCCACCAUGGAGCAAAGUUCUGAUGUCCCGUGGUUAGGCCAGGCAACUCCGGUCUCCGACUUGAGUGACAUCCCAAGCAUACCGCCCACCGGGUUCAUUGAUGUUACAUUCGUGGAUGACUGCGUGGUCCUGAUCCAUGGACGUUCCAAUGACAAUGUAGCAGCAACCAUGAAAGCAGUCGUUCAAGCCAUGGACAAAGCUGCUGCCACACGGGGGCUCAGCAUCAACUAUGAACGUGGCAAGACGGAGGCACUAUGGACCAUUCUUGGCAAAGGGGCCAGGCAGAUGAAACAAACUCUCCAUGAAGCCGGCCAAAUCCUGCAGUGCACACAUGAGGGCAUUCAAUAUGCGAUACCACUGUGCCACACAUACAAGCAUUUGGGAACGUGGCUCCAAGCGCACCACAAGCAUACCAGGGAAAUCCUGGCCAGGAGCUCGGCUGCCAAGCAACAGUACGGACAGCUGGCACGUCCCUUUUUCACCAAAAAGUGUAUCACCUUGCCGGUCAAGAGUGCCAUUUUCCAAUCCCUGGUACUCUCCAAGAUGCUUUACAAUGUGCACACAUGGACAUCCAUCACACCCAAGCACAUGCACUCGUGGAUUAACCACCUCAAAGCCCCCACUGGCACCCUACUGAAGGGGCUGCUGAUGGCGCCUACCAGAUUCAUGCAUACCACUGAUGAAAUGAUGGCCUGCGCCGGUAUCCUCCCGCUCAUGGACCAAGUACACGCCAACCGGCUGAGGUUCCUGGCACGACUGCUUGGCGCCUGUCCCCCUAUCACAUGGGCGCUGAUGCACCACACCACAGGACAUCAUUCCUGGAUGGAACAAUGCAUGGAAUCAUGUCAAUGGAUGCUCUACCACUAUGACAGCAAGCUUCCGCUGGACACCUCAUCGCUCUUCCAGGACUGGGUGCAGUUCGUGCGACUGGAUCCCAACUGGAAAGGCAGGGUCCGAAAAACAAGCAAGCUAGCCUUGUCAUACCAUCGGGCAAGAGCCGACCAUGCCAUUUGGCAACGGCACUUUGACAACCGCCUAGCCGCAGCAGGGGCGACACUUCCCGACAAGUCCAAACCGCAGCCAGCUCCGGAGCGUUGGCAAUGCGACCUGUGCCAGAAGGUGUUCAACUCCACCAGAGCGCUCGCCAUGCAUGCUGCACGAGGGCAUGGCUACAGGAAAAAGGUCAGAUACUUUGCAAUCGGAGACACAUGCCAAGCGUGUGGGCAAAACUUUCACACGAGAAAAAGGCUCUCUGUGCACUAUGAAAAGCAGCAAAAGUGCUAUGACAUAGUCACUGCCUGUUGGCCGCCUUUUCCAGCUGCUAUGGUGCAAAGCCUCGACAUGGCCGACAAAGAAGACGAAGCGCAACUGCGCAAACAAGGGUGGUGGGCCGCAAAAGCUUUCCAACCGGUGCAGCAGACCCAGGGUCCCCCACUACCCUCUGCUGGCUCUGCUGCCGCUCAAGCCAUGUAUGACAAGAUGGUGCAGAGACGUCCGAGCGACGAAAUAGCCUAUACGCAACUGCAGGGCACUCGCAUCACAAAGCUUCCACCAACUGACCCACAGCUCUGGUGGACACGUGCCAACCUUCCGUCCUUCAUUAUGCAGUCGGUUAGCGGCAGAGACUGUGCUGGCGGCGCAUUCGCAAUGCAAGGUCUCGCCAGAGAGACCGCCCUGCUCCACGUCAGAGCACUUGUUGUGGUGCACUUCUUUAGCGGAUUUCGCAGGAUGGGCGAUAUUCAUCACAUCCUCGACCACCGCACCAUGGAGACAGGAGCACAGGUCUUUACCAUUUCGGUAGAUCUAUGCAUGCAACGGGUCAACGGCGACCUUGCCACGCCACAGGCCUCACGAUGGUGGCGAGAGCGAGUCCUUGCUGGACAAGUGGUGGCGGCUGGAGGAGGCCCACCAUGUGAAACGUUCACUGUGGCCCGACAAUAUGAAGGAGGCCCCAGACCGUUGCGGGACUCUGCCCAUCCCCUCGGUCUUCCGGGACUCACUCUCAAAGAGUGGGCACAGCUGCGUAUCAGUGACCGACUCCUACGCUUCCUGCUCGACGUUCUCGUGGCCCUAGCUCUCAUGGGGAUGAGCGGAUUUUUGGAACAUCCGCAAUUUCCAACGUGGUGCACCAGAGGCUCUCCGGCGAGCAUUUGGGCCACCGAAGCCCUCAUCAUUCUGAAGAACCUGGGGUGCUUCUCCGUGGUGAGCUUCGAUCAAUGCACAGUUGGUGCCCUGGGGAAAAAACCGACCACUCUCCUUUUGCUGAGACUGCCGAGGGUGCGAGACAGGCUCUUGGGGCGUGGCCGAAGUGGACGGUGCAAUCACCCGCCUGGAGCUCACGUGGCGCUGAUAGGCCGUGAGGAAGAUGGCACAUUCCACACGGCCAAAGCCAAAGUAUACCCCUACGGCCUCAACAAGAUACUGGGUGAAGCGCUCUUUGAUGCAGCGGUUCAGUGGCAGCACCUCGACAUCGCAACCGACCUGCCCAAGGAGCUCACCCCGUACCUUGAACAGAGUUGCCAUGCCCCGGAGGUUCAAUCUGCACGGCUUCCCCUUCAGCGGCACCACGAAAACAUGCAGGGCUACGCAGCACUGGUCCAAGGGGCGCGACAAAUGGCAUCGGCAGAAGCUGAGUCGGACUUGGUGGCGGAAGAUGUCUUUCAGACAGCCAGGUCGGAAACCACGUUUCGCAGCACCUGGCAUGGCAAGUUGAUGGUCCUUGGGCCCUCCACCAGUGAACGGCUUGCGACACGCGCGGCGACGUCACUGACAGGUGAAGCCGACCGAUUUCCGGUGCUGCCCAUGUACCGUCACAGCUCGAAAGAGGCCAAAGGUUCCGACUUCAGACAGAAGCAGAAGGCUGUCUCUCUAGACAACGACCUACCCAAACUAGGUCAAAUACAACCGGCCGGAAGUUGGAGGAGCAUUUCCAAAGGCUCUGGCAGGUUUGGUUACACAUUGCCAGAAACUCCUCGUCGCGAAGGGCCAAACCAUCCCUUGGUUUCUCCACGUCGCAACCCGCCGAGUCAUCCGGCACCGCGGCAAAUGGCCUGGACUUUGCUUCCAGGUAUCACUGACUGA